CGGUGGACUCGCCCCACGUUCCUGCCCUACCCCGUCCCUUCGCUGGGCUCCGAGGGGGAAGAAGAGGAGCUGCGAGCCCGCCGGCCAUGAGCCACCUCUACGGCAGCCACCUCUCCCCCCUGGGCAGCCCGUCCAUGGUUUACCUGCCCGCCGCGCUCGGCUUCGCCCCCGGGGGGGCGAUGUCCCGGCAGGACCCCCCUCAGAAACCCCCGUACAGCUACAUCGCCCUCAUCGCCAUGGCCAUCAAAGAGGCUCCGGAGCAGAAGGUGACCCUGAGCGGCAUCUACCAGUUCAUCAUGGACCGCUUCCCCUUCUACCACGACAACAAGCAGGGCUGGCAGAACAGCAUCCGCCACAACCUCUCGCUCAACGACUGCUUCGUCAAGGUGCCCCGCGAGAAGGGCCGGCCCGGCAAGGGCAGCUACUGGACCCUGGACCCGCGCUGCCUGGACAUGUUCGAGAACGGCAACUACCGCCGCAGGAAGAGGAAGCCCAAAGCCGCGAGCCCUCCGGACGCCCGGGGCGCCGAGCAGCCCGGCCCGCCCGAGCCCAAGCGGGCCAAGCCGGGCGAGCCGCGCCCGGCCGGGGGCACCGCGGCUCCUCCCGGGGGGCUGCCCCCGCUGCCCCCCGCUGCCGCCCCGCCGCACAAGAGCGGCAGCGGAUCCCGGGGCCGCAGCUUCAGCAUCGAGAGCAUCCUGGCGCAGGGGCUGCGGCCGCCCGGGGCAGCCCCCAAGGAGAGCCCCCCCGGCUCGCUGGUGGCCGGCGGCGGCGUCGGGCCGGCCCUCAACGCGUCCCUCAUGCUCGACUCCCAGGUGCACGGGAGGCUUUACCACAUCGGCAUCCCCUUCCUCUCCUGCUUCCCGCUGCACUUCUCCGAGGCGGUGUUUAAUUUCCAGUAGCUGUCCCCGCAAUUAACGCUCCCCACGCCCCCGAGCGCUGCUCCGGGGUGGGGUGGGGGGGAGAGAGAUCGGACUCAGAGCUCACCACGCGGGUAAAGAGCUAAAAAUCCCCCUCCCGAAGCGAUGUUUUAAAGGUGACUCAGGAUUUCAGGGCAUUUUCAAGGCGCGUCUUGCUGCGGAUUCUCUUUGGCGGGUGCCUCGCACCCCCUGCCCGAGCGACUGUGGAAGGUAAAAGCGAUUUUGUGUUCCCGAGGGCGGUGGAGGUGCAGGCAGCACCGGGACAAUGCCCACGCCGGCCCCAAGCCCCGUGGGGUUUGCUCUGCACCUUUAGUCCUUGCAUCCCUCAGGUUCCUCAGAGCAGGUUUCCCUCCAGCCCUUCAGGUCUCUGUUUUCUUCUUUUAUUUUUCCUUUGAAAGCCAAGCCCCAUCCCGGGGGGAGGAGGCUGAGUUUUGUUUUGCCAUCAGUACCCACAGGUAUUAAUAAUAUCCAUAAUUUUGCCAUGAAUACCCACAGACACAUAACAAUUCCUGACCUUCCCCACUGGCCCAGUCCUCCCAGUGGGUAACUGGAGCUGAGCUCGUGGCAGACCAAGCAAUCCAGGCUCACCCUGAAUAUUCCUGCUUGCUUUGACCCAGCAUGGUGUGGAACUGGUUUCCUGCUCAGCACUGCUGCUUUGGAGCAUCCUCACAGGGUUUCUGCUCACGGAUGGGGCCAAAAAAAAAAAGGGGAUGGAUGAGCAAACACGGAGAUUUGUCUUGUUCCAUCUCUUACUGGGAUCGGUUGCUUCUGACCAAAAAAAGAGUGAGGCAGGGUUGUGGAGGACAGGAGAAAUACCAGGGAAAAAAAAAAAAGAAAAGAGACAUCAGCUACAUUUCUAAAGUUUUUUUUUGGUUUGUUUUUGUUUUUUUUGUUUUUUGUAAAGAAGGAAGAAUCCCAACACGUUGCAAGAAAUCAGGAAUAUUUUGUAUUUUUGUUUGCCGUAAAUACAGGCUUUUUGUAUAUUCGUGGAUAAAUGCUCUUUUGGGGAAAAAUAUUAUAUUCUCAAUUUUCAUUAUGAAACCAAACCUAUAUCCAAUAAAGGUAUUUUUGUUCAGGAUUGUGGCUGGUGUGAUGUGAAACACCCCUUAGCUUGUGCUGGAGGAUGGAGGAGUGGGGCCUGCUGCAAAUAUCCUGGUGCUGAUGUGAUGGGCCACAGAAAGAUGGGAGAGGCUACAAAAAGGCUCCUGAGAAAUUGCCUGUUCCUUGAAACGGAUGAAAUCUUUCCCAAAAUGAUUGUUCCUCCUUCUCUUCCCCUUCUUUCAUCCCACUCUGUCUCAAAAGCCAAGCUUGGUCUUAAAUGAGCAGCUGGAUAUUGGAAAUGUGGGGUUUUCAGGUGAGUUUUGGUUCAGUUUUGCAGAGUAAGGUUGGCAUCAUUUCCUUGAUGUUUGGACCAGGGUUGCUCAUUCCAGCCCAAGGGAAAGAGCUCUCACGUGGGGAAGGACAGAAAAAUCUCCAAAAGGUGAGAACUGUUAUUUAGCUUCCCCAAAAAAAGGAUGCUCAUAGGCAGAUCCCUGGACUGGCUGAACUGGAGCUUCUCAAUGUGAAAAAAAGAGAAUAAAAAUAUACAAAAUAGACUUUCUUUUAAUAAAAUCCCU